GUGUGAAGCUUAAAGCUGGGUUUGUAAAUAGACAGCAUUUAUAUGGAUGAUUGGAAAUUCAUCUCAAAUAUCUUCUCAAAAUUGUUAUUUAUCUUCUGAAAAAGAAGUUCUAAUAUUAAAGAUUAGGACAACAAAUAAUAUAGGCGAACCCAUGUUCUCCUAUGUACACAGUACAAAGCUGACUCUUCAAUAACGGAUAAAUAGAGUUCCAAAAGUCAAGCAAACAGCAAACAGCAUUACCCAAAUCUGAUUCUUGCAUACCAAAUUACAUCUUUUAAAUGUGAUACUAUACACCUAAUACUAUAAUUAAUACUAAUACUGAUACUAUGAUAUGAAUGUUUAUUAGUAUGUCCUUGUAUGUGAUGUAUUCCUGACAUGUAUAUGUAUUGGACAUGUCAAAAAUUUACAGUUUUUAAAAGGAUGGAUUGGUGCACUAGCAAAUAGAGACUAUCGAAAUAAGAUUCAUAUAUUCUGGAUAGAAUCUGUAAUAUUACUAUUAGCACUCAGGACGACAGCUUAAAAUAAAACUAUCCCAUAAAGGUUGAAGAAAUGUUUGAUUCAUUCAAGAACUAUAGCGUACUAACCUACUUUUGAGUACAUAAAACAUGUUUUCGUGUAAAUAAAUUUGUAUUUAAUACUUAACACGGUCUUCGUUUAAUAUUUUCACUUUUGCUUGAUCUCAAAGCAAUACCACGUUCAAGAUAAUUUUGUUACCUAUUUACUUUUUAGAAUUAGACACCUCUCAACAUUUCUAAACAAAUAUCGGAGAAAAGUAAAUCAUUUGCAUCAAUCAUUUAGUGAAAACCGGGCACACUUUUACGGCCAUCAAACAAUAAGUCUAUUAAUCAAACAGUCGUGACAGAUCGAUCGUGUCAGAGUAUUCAUUUUAAAUUAAAUUUACAUAUCAGCCAUACCAUUAUUUGUAACCCAUUCAACUGCCCGAAUACCUAAUAGAACAGAAUAUAGAACGAAAUACCACGCGUGUGAGGGGCGCUCUAAGCUAAGGUAUGAUCGUUUUACACGUCGCUGGACCGAGCGUUGGCAUACGCUCGAACGGAAGUAUGAGGUGCCCUUCUUACGAUGAUGGUGGCAUACUGAUGAAACUUUAACCCUUACUUCCUUUAUCGCUGUGUUCUUCACUACUUCGUUCUAUCUCUUCCGUUCCGUAUGGUGCCGCGCAUAACCCGCAUAACGUCAAAUUUAACCCGGGCUCCACAACUAACGCACUAGCCCACCAACGUGCAUGGCACGUGUAAAUUUGUUGCCCUGAUGGACAAGCCAAGAACACCCUUGUUCAAUCUAGUUGCCCACAAAAAGAUGCUUACCAGCGGAGAAUGUGUGCUGUGGAUGAGCGAGUAUUAAAUUCAAUGUUUAAGCUGAUUGAUUACUUCGCUGGUCACCGGAUAUUUGGUCCACGACUAUGGGUACACACAUUCCGUUUUUAGGCCCCUUAUGGUCCCCAGGACCCAUUGUGGACCACAGCACAGCGAUGCGGAGGUCUAGUGUUAAUUUUAACACUCUCUUCCACGGUUCCUUUCCAGUUACUCGUAGGAGAAUAGAAUAAAGAUAACUUUAAAAAAUGAUUGAUUUUUCCCGAGCGAGUGUGUCAUUGUGGUGCGUAAACAAAUCGCAUUUAAACUGAUGAUUCGUUGAUGUCUACGGGUAGAUUCCAAUCGAAGCAAACGGUGAGAGGGAGACGAAUCAAAGUUUCGUUUCGCUAGUUUCCGUGUAAAGCUGCUGCUCCAGAAUGGACUCAAAAUUGCCACCGACAAAAACAUAUUUUCUGCGCGAUGAAGUCGUAAUCCAUAACAAUGAAACUAGUGCGUGGGUUAUCAUCCAUGGAGUUGUUAUCGACAUUACUCCGUUGUUUACUGCAGACAGAAAAAAAGCCACAUUAAAGAAGACUCUGCAAUGGUUAUUGGCAUUUGCGGGCCAAGAUUUAAGCUUGUUCUUCCAUAACAACGAGCUUACUCCGAUCGAGCGUACCAACCGCAACGGAGAACGGGUUCCGGUCUUUGUGCCCUGUUUGGAGCGUAAUCCUGCCACCCAGUGCUGCUGGUACAGGGAUCCGGCUCUGGUCAUUGGACGCAUAACAUUCCACCCAUGCCCGGUGAAAAUUAUCAACACAUUGACAUUCCACGAGACGGAAAUGAUCGUUUGUUACGAAGAUACGAUCGGUGACGUGCGGGAAAAGUACUUGCGCUACAACGACAACGCGAAGCAGUACGAAUGGCGAAAAGAUCUGUCGGAGGGUUCGGAAGUUGGGAUGCUACGGAUGGAUAAAACACUUACCGAAAAUGGAUAUCAGGUCAAUCUGCGCAGUUCAGUACCGGUAAUUUGGAUUUUUUAUAUCUUACCUCCGGACACAACGAACGAGGCGGAUUCUUUAUCCGGAAAAUAUAACCCAGCAAAUGGGCGAUCAUCAAGCGAAAGCGAAGCGCUAAGACUCACCACCUUGCAAUGAAUAACAAAGUCAACCACAAAGACACAUUCUGUGGGUGAGAUCCAUUGGGGUAUGCGAAAAACUGAAGUAAAAUUAUAAUAUAAUAGAAAUUCUUGAAAUUUUUCCGGAGACCCGCUUUUCACCGUUCCAUCAGCGCGUGGUAGUUACGCGCGUUGGACGUCAGACAGCCUUCAUCCGGAGUAAGUAGUUCAAAUGGUGGAGGUGUUGUUGUUUUGCCUAUCCAUCUCGAGCUUGGUGUUUGUCUUGCACCUAGUGCUUUGUGUUACUGUUUAGCUUUUCUGUUCUCAUCAUCAACUGUGCGUUUCGGGUAACGGUUGGAAUGUCUAACUUUCCUCUUUCCCACCAUUUCCCGCCAUAAUAUGUGUCUGAAGGUGUCUUUCUUCCAAACGAACGGCAGUAGCUACAGGGCAGCCUGUAGCCUUUGUUGACUGUUUUUAUCUAAUGCGUCUCACCUUAAUUUAUGUCCAAGCGGUUGGACGAUUACAAAUAUGUGUCUCCGUAAUUAUCAUCAUUCCAAAUAUUGCUUUCUGGAGGUACUUUGAAAUGCAAGUAAUUUGUCAAUUAAUUUCGAGCAAACGUUUUGGAAUGGAGAUCUUCUGUUGGAAUGGCCGAGUCAAGAUUUCGCCAUAAGUAGAAAGUAUUUUUCCGUGACCAACUACUUAACACACGUGAAAACAUGGAACUAUGUUUAGCUUAAAAAUUGUUCGAAAAUAAAUUUAUUAUACUUUAAGCAUUUUAAAACUAGGAUUU